AUGUGGAUAGUAGGCGUAUCUUAUUGGAGCAAAGUCAAUGCUCAAAAUCAGAUUCAAUUCAUUGUUAUUGCCUGUGUAAGGAAAACUAAGGAACUACAAGUCGAAACCUAUAUCGUGAUCCAGGAUUUUGUGGAUCACAUCCUGCCUGGGGAAAGUGCUGCCACCGGGGAAAUGGUAGCAAAGGAGCCGGAUAUUCCGAAAUAUCCGAUGGACAUGGCCAGCAUGACACCCCUGAAAAAAGGACCCCUACGUAUGAGAUUCCGACUGGGAAACAAUCCUCGUUGCGAGUUUGUCAAUGGAGAACCGGCUGAUCCUGCGGUACCCAGCAUUCAGCACCCUACCAUUAGUGAAGACUGAUCUGAAUAAGAAGUAUAUGAAAGGAUAUGAUCUAUAUCUACACUCCAACACUUUACACUGCCAAUACAGAUAUUUAUAGAAUUAUGAUAGCUCGUAAGGUUUAAUCGCAAUUGUACAAUUUUGUAUAUACAAACUUAAACAAGACUGCAUUAUAUCUAAGAAGUUAUAUGUUAACAUUAUUAAACCUUGAAAUAUAAGACUGUAACAUGA